UAAUCCCUUAUUGAUGUCCCAAAUAUAAUUUCAUAAAGAACAUUAUUUCAUUGUAUAAGUCUCUCAUUUGCUUUUGCUUUCAAAAGAUUAGUCCAAUAAACAUAGUUCAUUCCGAUGUGGAUAUUGUUCCUCACAAGGUUACUUCUUUGCUGGUGUAUGUGAGUGCUUUUCUUCCAUUUUAAAUAAAGUGAAACCACUUUGGCCAAAUCUCUUAGGAUUUCCUAUGGCACUUUACCCAUCUGUCUUUCCUUACACAAACAGGACCAAUCUAAUACAGUGCUUUUUUCCAGCUGAAACUCAGUUAUUUGGCAUCUGUUCAGUGGCAUCUGACAUCUUCACACAGGAAGCUAUUGAUUAUCUUUUCCCAACAAUAAUAAUAAAUGCCUCUGGCUUUGUGUGUAUACACUUUUAAGAAGUGGAAGAGUGGGUGUGCACUUGUGUGAAUGAAUUUCAUAGAUAUAAAUUAUGCAUUUCUAAAUCGAUUACAAAUUGGAUCUUUAUGGUUGAUAGUGCCGCAAGAAUACUCUGAGUGGUCUCAAAGCAACUGGUCUUUAAUCGGUGCUUUUAUAAUGGAGGGUUAAGGGGAAGAUGCUACUUGAUAACUUAUGAAGCUCAGGCGAGAGGGAGAAGAGGAGAGAGAAGGCACAGGAGGCAGGACAAUAACGACACUCAGUUAUCUGAAGCUGGAGCAAACCUAAUUUUGCUUUUGUCAUUCAAAUUUAUUCAUUUAUUUUAAAUAUCCAGCUGUUCGAGCCCUGCUUUUUUUCCUUUUUCUCCGAGAUGUCAUCACUGUUGAAAGAAGAGAUGCAGCGUGUCUUGUUCAGACCAGAAAAACAGAAACUGGUGGAGUUUAUAGAGAUCGAGGAGGAAAAAAGUGGACGACAUUUCCUCUGUGUGGCCGUAUCUAAGAGCAAACAAGUCCAGAUCUCAGUGGUGCGGUGUGAGAAAGCUCGCCCUGCCAAAAGUAAGAAAUCUCGGCGUAUUGGACUGGAAGACCACUACGUGAGGACGGAGGUGUGGGCUCUCGAAGAACUGAGGAUUCUGGAUGGGAGGGACCCUGACGCAGACGAUCCCUGCUUCCUGAUGCACUUCGACACGGUGCGUCCUGUGAAAGCAGUGAACUGUGCUGCAAAGUAUUGCCUGGCCCGCUGUCUGGUCGCACUUAGUGACUCACAUCAGCACACUGAGCUACAUCUUCGGAACUUUGACUGGACAUACAUUAAGCCGACGUCCAUAUACUCGAACAGAGGUGACUGCAUGGUCCUAAUGCGGAUCUGCUUCUACGCCUUCAACCUGGUGUGUCUCUCCUUGUGUCCUGUGCCGUAGGAAGGGUUUGAGACAUUGGACUCCUGCUCCUGACAUCUCACAUGAAACCUGGACAAAUCCAUCAUCACAAUGCUAACUUUGGUAGAAGAUUGACUGGCGAAAACUCUUCACAUGGCGAAAUUUUGACCCUGUACUAUAUAACGUUUUGAAAACGCGAGCUUUCCUGAACUGAACUAUGUUGUCUUUUGCACAAAUCUACAAUCUCAUGUAAAGUUCUAGCAUUGUAGAGACUGGGUUAUACCGCCGAAAGUGAAUUCCACUUCCACUGAGACACACCAACACACCACUACUGCGAUUUAUUGAUUUCCUUUACAUUUAC